AAUCACUCCCUUCCCAUAAUUAAUCGGGAUGGUGUAUCAUUUUAGUUAUAUUUAUAUAUUUUUAUAUUACAUAUGUAAAAAAAAGCCUUGAUUGUAUUUGACAAAAUGUAAAAUAAUGCGUAUAGAUUAAAAUUUUAUUAUUCUAAACAUGUCAGAUGUGAGUACAAACGACUAAUAAUACAUCCAAAAGAUAUAAUGAUUAUGAAGCUGAUGACAUCAGUGACAACAGAAAUUUCAACACCUUCCCCUCCCUUUCUCUGCUUUGACCAUCCAUUCCCUCUAUUUAUAUUCUUUCUGCCUUCCCCAAUUUCCUCUGCACGCCCAGACGAAAAUGGUAUCUUAUUUAUCCUUUCUUUUACCUUUCGCUCCAUUUUUUGUCACCUUUUUGCUUUUUUUUCUUUUAGUAGAACAAAUCUCUUACUUGCGUAAAAAGCGAAAUGUCCCUGGCCCCAAUAUCAUCUUGCCUUUUUUGGGCAACGCCAUUUCAUUAAUCACAAAACCAACAAGCUUCUGGGAAGUUCAAGCUGAUUUGGCUGCUUCUCUUGGAUUUUCUGUUAAUUAUAUCAUCGGUCGCUUCAUCGUCUUUAUCCGAAACACCGAGCUUUCCCACCUUAUCUUCGCUAACGUCCGGCCCGAUGCUUUUUUACUUGUGGGACACCCCUUUGGUAAAAAGCUUUUCGGUGAACAUAACAUGAUUUAUAUGUUCGGACAGGAUCACAAAGAUCUUCGCCGUCAAAUCGCUCCUAACUUCACUCCUAGGGCUCUCUCUACCUAUACUGCAUUGCAACAGAUUAUCAUUCUCCAACACUUAAGGUCGUGGGAGCGUCUUUCCUCGGAAUCGCCGGGGAAGCCGAUUUCUCUCCGCCUAUUAGCUCGCGACAUGAAUCUCGAAACCUCUCAAACUGUUUUCGUGGGCAGGUAUUUGUCUCGUGAAGCUCGGGACAAGUUCAGAGACGAUUAUAAUCUAUUCAAUACAGGUUUAAUGAAGCUCCCGUUUGAUCUCCCCGGUUUCGCGUUCCGAAACGCCAGGCUGGCCGUUGAGCGAUUAGUCGAAACCCUUAGUGAUUGUGCUACUCAAAGUAAAAAGAGGAUGUCUGAAGGAGACGAGCCUUCUUGUUUAAUCGAUUUUUGGAUGCAAGAAACUGUUAGAGAAAUAGCGGAGUCCCAAACGGCGCCACCUCACUCUAGCGAUGUAGAAAUCGGCAGUUACCUCUUUGAUUUUCUCUUCGCCUCUCAAGACGCCUCCACUUCGUCGCUCCUCUGGGCGGUGACCCUCCUCGACUCUCAUCCCGAUGUUCUCCGGAGAGUUCGGGAGGAAGUAUCAAGGAUUUGGUCGCCGGAGUCGGAUACUUUAAUAAGCGCAGAGCAACUGAGGGAAAUGAAGUAUACUCAAGCAGUGGCGCGUGAGGUUAUAAGAUAUCGGCCGCCGGCGACGCUAGUACCGCACAUUGCGAUGAAGGAUUUCCCCUUGACCGAGUCGUACACGAUUCCCAAGGGCACGAUUGUGUUCCCCUCGGUUUACGAAUCAUCCUUCCAAGGGUUCACGGAGGCGGACCGGUUCGAACCGGAGCGAUUCUCGGAGGAUAGGCAAGAGGAGGUGGUUUUCAAACGAAACUACCUGGCUUUCGGUGCUGGGCCCCACCAGUGCGUGGGCCAAAGGUACGCCUUAAAUCAUCUGGUGCUUUUCAUUGCCAUGUUCGUCACGGUGCUCGAUUUCAAGCGACACCGAACCGAGGGCUGUGAUGAAAUCAUGUAUUGCCCGACCAUCUGUCCCAAAGACGGCUGCCGCGUCUCCUUAUCUCGGAGGUGCUCGCGUUAUCCCAAUCUCUCUCUUAAUUGACCAAAAAGCCCUCCAAAGUUCUCUAGCCUUCUUUUCCGGUAAACUUGGUUGCUCUCUGGGAUUUGUCCUUUGCUGCUUCUCGCGUCCUUGAAGGUUGGGACCGUCACACUUUGUUUGUAGCUAUGAUUCUUUUGUGUGGGGUAUUUUUAUGUAUAUACAAUUGAUGGACGGUUUGGAUAAUUUAUUCUCUUUUUUUAAUAAAUGAAAAUUGGUUUGAUUGAUUGGGCGAUUAUUGGGUCUGUGUUUUAGACGACAAAUAAAAAACAAAAAAAGGUGGUACUUUAAAAUUUCAUUUUUAUUGCCAUUACUUAUUGUGAGCAGAGAUAAGUUGUCGUGGCUAUAAAUAUAUAAUGAGAGUGACGGGGAUGGAUAAGUUCCAAAAGGUGUCUUUAAUUAGCUAAUUGUAUGCCAAUCCAUUAAUUAGCUAAUUGUAUGGCCGGGUUGAGUUGGCAUGAAUAUGAUAUUUAUUGUUACUAAUAAA